AUGAGUACAACACUCGACACAUACGCGUGCGGUGCAUGUACAUAUAUUCAAUCCAUAAAACGACCAACAUGUGAAAUGUGUGAUACGCCUAAUCCAAAUUUUGUUGAUACGGCCUAUGGAUCAGAUGCAGGAGCAACCGCAGGAGCAGCUUUGUUUGAUUUUUCAAAAGAGAAUCAAGUAAUUGAAUGUGUCCAAUGUGGUUAUAUUAAUAUUGGUAGUCAUAUUCCAACUUGUCAAGGCUGUGGACAGAACCUUUAUGAUUUACGUCGUCUGUUUAAACAUUUUGGUAUGGAUUUAGACAAAAAAUCUCCUAGUGAUGAAUAUGAUGAUAAUAAAUUUAAUCGCGAUGAUGAUGAUGAUAUGGACGUUGUAAUGGUAGAAAAUACUGAUGAAUCACAAAAAAAAGGCCCAUCAGGAAAAGCAGCUGCUGCUGUAGAAAAAGGAAUGGAUGAUAAUCAAUUAGUACCUUAUUUUAACCGAUAUUUAUUAAUAUUGAGAGAACAACAACAACAAAGUCAUUUACUUACAUUAGAGUAUUUAAAUGAUUGUAUGACUGAACUUUUUACUACCCUUGAAUAUAAAAAUGAUGAAUCCGAUGGUAACCAAAAUAAAGAUUUUAUUGCUUUAUAUUAUUCUCUUGGAUCUAUUUAUUUAAGUUUUAAAGCUUAUAUUCAAUGGAUACUUCGUUAUUUUGAUCUACUAAAUAUAUUAAUUGUAAUCUCCAAUGUAUUCAUUCCAUGCCUUCAUGUUUGUGUUGAUGAUUUUAAUCGAUAUUUAUCCGUACGUAUUCAUGAUGGAGAUAUUCUUCCAUGGAUUCCAUGUCCAGCUGAAACAUGUUUCGUUCCAUGUCAUGUAGACAAUAUAAUUCAAGAUGGCAAUUUAACAUAUUCAGACCUAUUAUCAUUUCUCACAACAUUUAUGUUAAAAAAAUUAUCUCGUAAUGAAAAUUUUAUUGUAUGUGUUAAAUGUGAAAAAGGUGGUUUUCUUCAAAUGGGUCCACCAACAAAACAACAAGUUACAUGUCCUAUAUGUAAUGAAAGACAAACGAUCGAAAAAGGUGUUGAUGGUGAUCUUGAUCUUGCUUUUAAAAAAAUGAUUAAAUCAGGAGAAUUACGUGAAUGUCCAACAUGUCGUCAUUUAACUUUAAAAGAAAAAGGUGUAUGUAAUGUAAUUGAAUGUGCUAAAUGUGGAAUUUGGUGGAACUGGAGAACUAAAGAACAAGGACAUAAUGGUAGAGAUUUAAAACAACGUGCUCGAAUGAAUGGAACACUUUGGGAACCUGGUGAACUUCGAUAUCAACAAGAAUUAGAAGCACGUAAUCCAAAAGAAUUCAAAGCUUUAUUAGAACGAAAUGGAAUUAAAUAUGAUCCGAAUUAUAUACGGGGUGGUUGGAUGAAUCAAUGA